AUGACGAUCGAUUUUGAAACCAAUCAUAGGGAGUCUAAGAUAAAGGAGCUUAAGUUCAAGUAUCCCCAUGAAUUUCAAGCUCAAGUCGAGUCCAAAACAACUUUUAUUACCACACAAGUGAUCAAUCCGAGACUUGCGAUCGUUUUUAUGAUUUUUUGUAUAUUGGCGGCGACGUCAGAAUUGAUAACUGAAUCGUCGCCUUUUGAAGAAGAUAAAACUGAAACCAAAAAAUAUAUCAUCACGUUCUACUCGGGAGUCUCAGAAGAAACAAUAAAUAAUGUAAAGGAGCAAGUCGUGAACUCUGGUGGAAUAAUAUAUCAAGAAUUCUUUAUUAUUAAAGGUUUCGCUGCAAAAAUGAAAGUACCUCUUGUUCAUACUUUGACCAAAGAUUUUUCCAAUAUUCUAUCUAUGGAAGAGGAUAGUGUCGGUUAG